AUAGCCAACUACCCUCAUCAGUCGUCAUCCUCAACUCCGCCGCCUAACUCAACGUCUCAAGUCUCAACCCACCAACCAUAUAUCGGCAGUACUAGUCGGUACCUUCUUUUAUUUUGCUGGAUCGCCUCUCCUCUCCUGAGUCCUCCUGAUAGAAGAACAUGGAGGACCUCCCUUCAGAACUCGUCUUCGACAUCUUCUCAAGAUUGCCGGUGAAGACUCUUCUUCAGCUUAGGUGCGUCUCCAAAGCCUGGUGCGGCAUGGUUGACGACCCUUGCGUCGCUUAUAUGCACGUAAGCCGAGCCACCGAAAGGCCUAGCCUUCUACUUCUUACACGUCCCGCCCAUGUAUCCAAAUCCAACACAACCAAUCUGUAUCCGGCCAUCGGCAAUGGAGGCACGAUGAUGGCAAGUAAAGAUGCGAUUGCUCAGCUAUCGAUCUCUCAUAGGUAUAGCCUGGAGGAUUCCUUCAACGGCUUGCUUUGUUUCGCUCCGCAGCCGCACUCCUCCUCCGACGGGGGGCUUGCUUUCCUCCUGAAUCCUGUUCGAGGUGACAUUAUAACUCUCCCUCGGACUACAACGCCCUCCCCUGUAGACUACGGACACAUGUAUGCUCUGGGCUUUGAUCCAUCUACUAAGGAGUACAAAGUUGUCCAUGUUUUCUAUCAAGGAUUUGAUCCGGACAAUCAAGCUUUCAGCUUAGGGGCUGAGGUUUACUCUUUGGGGACCCAGUUGUGGAGAAAAGUUAGCAGCGGCCCCCCUCAGCCAUUAUGUGGAAGACCUGUACAUGCAUUUGGGGCAUUGCAUUGGAAGGUCAAUACUGUUCUUGCUUCAGAAGAAUUAGACGACCUAAUUAUCACCUUUGACAUUGGGAAGGAGCAAUUUAGCACUACCCCAGGUCCUGGAUUUGGGUUGAAAAAUUAUGAGCUGGUAGAUCUUGUUGAGCUGAAUGGAUGCUUGUCCGUGGUAGAUGUUUCAUUCAAUACGCAUAUCGAGGUUUGGGUGCUCAAGGAUUUCGUCAGCAAGCAAUGGAUCAGGCAAAACACUAUCACCAUCAAUGCACCGGAUGGGAAAUCAAACAAUGGGCACCUUAAGGCUGUAGGCCUCUGGGGGCAUGGUGAGAUAUUACUUGCUUCCAGCAAUGAUUCUUUCUUCUCCUACGAUCCUAAGACCAAUGGGCUAAGGUAUGUCCAUGUUUCUGGGCUCGCCCCUGAUACAAGCAUUUCGCAUGUAUGCAGUCACAAAGCAAGUUUGGUUUCCCUUGAUGCUUUUGGGACUAAGAGAGAUGCCCAGUGGCUUAUCAGAGGGAGGGAGAAUGCAGCAGCUUCGACCCAGAUGCUCCAACGAGGUUCUGGGUCACAUAAUAUUCAGGAAUGAGAUUCUUGUUCAGCUGUUGGGUUGCAUUCUUAUUUCUCUGUUUACUCUCAACAGUCAUAUGUAUAGUAUAGGGUUUUCCAACUGAAAGUUUCAAGGACAUUCCAAUGUAGUACAAAGAUUGAUAGCGGCUCUAUAGCAUUCAACCCAUAGCAAGUAAUUGUAGCUUUUUGUUUUUUUUUUUUUUUUUUUUUUUUGUCUAAUGCAUCCAAUGGUGGUGAUUCAAUUAUAAUUAAAUGGCGGCAUAAAGAUAUCUUGGCCGAGAGGGAUGCGUGAAUAAGUUAGAUGCUCCACACAUACAAGGGUGACGAAAUCAAAUAAGCAAA